AUGGCCGACCUUGAUGGUGUUAUUUGUUUUCACGCCACCUUUGACAAGCAUUUGGAAGGAAUUCAGAAAUUGCUUGAGAUGGUAAGAAGAGCCGGUUUUAAACUAUCUGGGAAGAAAUGCCAAUUUGAUAAACUUUGUGUAAGAUUCCUGGGUCACAUUAUCGACAACACUGGUGUUAGACCGCUACCUGAGAAACUAGAUAUUAUCAGGAAUUGGAAGGCUCCUGAGGAUGAAUUGCGGCGAUUUCUUGGAGUGUGCACUUUGUGGAGAAGAUUUGUGAAAGAUUUUGCCAAAAUAGCCGUUCCACCUCACAAUCUUUUAAAUGAAGAAGAAUUCUAA